AAACUCUCUUCGACACCUGAAAACUCUUGACUCUUUAAAUUUUCCAAAAGCCCACUGUUUCAGAUGUGUCAUCCUAUCUAGUAUUCAAAUGGCGUCUGCAUGCAUGCAUAGUAUCUGUAGGGCAGGCUCACUGUGGUCACUGACAUAAUAGGAGGGAGCUUCCUUAUCUGAGUCAAACCUGAGCAGCAAGAGUGUGCUGUGAAACAGCGGUUUCCUGCGCGUGGCAUUGUCUGUUCUUUCUUUUACUUUUCUUAAUUCCGCCUUUGAUUCCUUCUGUGUGCUUGUAUCGUUCUCACUACUGUAAACUGCCUUUAGAAUGACACCGUUACAAUUCAAAGAUUCUUUUUGGGGCCCAGAAUUCACCAGCAACACUGGAUAUGACACUCUUAUCCAGAGGCUAUGUGAUGGGCGACGCGCUUGCAAAGAUAUGGAAGAGCUCUUAAAAAUGAGGGCGAUGGCGGAGGAAAGAUACGGCAAGGAAUUGAUUACUAUCGCACGCAAGACAGGAGGGCAAAGUGAAAUUGGCACUUUGAAGGCAUCAUUUGACCAACUAAAAGUCCAAAUGGAGAACAUUGGAAAUUUGCACAUUCAGCUUUCUGGGAUGUUACGAGAAGAGGUGAAACGAAUGGAGCAGUUCAGAGAGCGACAGAAGGAGCAGCGGAAAAAGUUUGAAGGGGUCAUGGAAAAGGUUCAGAAGAUCAAAGUAUCAUUACAUAAGAAAACCACAGAGUCUAAAAGGGCGUAUGAACAGAGAUGUAAAGAGGCUGAUGAAGCUGAACAGGCUGUGGAGAAGCUCAACAGUACACCCACUGUCACCCCUAAACAAUCUGAAAAGAUGCAAAGCAAAGCAAAGCAGUGCAGGGACGCGUCCGCGGAUGCAGAGAAACAGUACAUGUCAAACAUAGAGCAGCUGGAUAAGAUUCGUCAGGAAUGGGAGACCACGCAUGAAUGCACAUGUGAGGUCUUCCAGCAGCAGGAAGAUGAUCGUAUUAAUAUUUUGAGAAAUGCUAUUUGGGUCCACUGUAACCACUUUUCCAUGCAAUGUGUCAAAGAAGAUGAGUGUUAUGAGGAGGUGAGGGCAGUUUUAGAAAUGUGUGACAUCACGGAAGACAUAAACUGUUUCAUCAAGACGAAAAGUACCGGCACCACUCCUUCAGCGCCUAUUGUGUUUGAGAACUAUUAUGACAGAGAACCAGCAACGGACAGCAACGGCAUCACGCGCUUCGGUGGAGGUGUGAUAAAGAGGUUUUCAAAUCUCUUGCAAGGCAACUGUGCCGUUGGCUCAAAGACUAGUAAUGACUGUAUUCAGCCAUCAGCACCUCCAUCAGCCGACUCAGAUGGAGUGUAUGCUUCCAUUCCUGUAUUUCCACAAGGAACUUCAAACGUUGCUGUCUCUCAGAGCGCCACAUACCAGGCUCAGUAUGACUACGUAGCUCAGGGCACUGAUGAGCUCUCCAUCUCUGUGGGGGAAGUUCUGCUCGUGGUGGAUCAGGGAGGAGACGGCUGGUGGACGGUGGACAGGGACGGCCACACUGGGCUGGUGCCAGGCUCAUACUUGGCCAAGAUAUGAAUUAAGAGACUAGAUCACGCUGGAACGGCUUUCCAUGUCCUUGCACCCCCAUCUCUCUAAUAGCAGAGUUAUUAAGGCCACUC